AUGAAUCAAGCUAUAAUCCCAGUAGUAUAUCCCGCAACGACAGAAACAGAGGCAAUAAUGACAAGAAGCGGAAGACUGGAAAGAGCUAGUUCAUCACAAAGAUAUACAAUGCAAGGAGAGAGGCAUUCAGUGCAAAGAUAUUCAGUUCAAAAUUAUAUUAAUUUAUCUAUGAAGGGGGGGGAAAGAGAGAGACCUAACUUCUUUAUAAGCAGGCCACUCGUUCGAGCCGGUGGACUUCUUAAAGGAAAUUCCACGACAGAAAUUAUAGAUGUCAAUACGUUACCUCAAAAAAAUACAUCGAUCAUUCGAAAUAAUAUCAUCGAAAUUAUUAACAUUGGCGAUCGACUCCAUUGCCUCAAUGAACCUAUAAGUUCAUCAUAUUGGCUGAAAAUGAUCACGUUGGCGACAGACUUCCAAAAUGCUAAUGUUUUACUUAUGCUUAAUAAUGGCGGACUCAUAUUAAAAACGACAAGAGAAAUAUUACCAGGAGAACCGUUAUUCAUGUGGUUCGCGGAUUGUAUUCUGAAUGUGUUGAAUAUUCCGUUUUUGACACCGGCAAAUUGCAAUAUUCAAGGUCAAGUCUACACAUGUCACAUUUGUAACAGCUGUUUUGAUUCUCCAAAUCCUCUGAAGCUGCACUUGGUCUUAAAUUGCAAUCAAAAGGACAAUAGUUAUAUUUGGACGCUCUUGGCGAAUAAAAUUAUUAGUUCUUCAACGGACCUGUCCUUCAUUCAAUAUUCAGAAAGAAAUUUUACGUUUAAGCUAAAUCCUUUGCCCGUUUCCAGGCCGAAAACGUUACCAGUCAAUAUUCCAGCGUAUUCGGCACAAACGAAGGACACGAAUCGGAUGCUGAAGAACGAUUCGCCGUGUUCGUCAAAUCAACUAUCGCCCCUGUCCCCGUCUUCGAAUAAAAAUAAUCCCUCGCCGAUUCCUACAUACUCCUUACCAACGGAAAUCUUACCGAGUUCAUCGAAUUACAAAUCAUCCGUUGAGAAUCUAAUGGAUCACCGCUUGAUUUUAAGAUCGUACAAUGCCUUGAUACAUCACAGCCAAGAUCGGAUGAUACCCUACGAUAUAUUAUCUUCAAAUGCACCAGCAGAAUCUGCGAAGAAAACGGAUCCCGCGGAAGUAGAGACGCGCGCAAGCGAGAUCGGCAAAUGCAACGAAGGCUACAGAUGCAUCUUCUGCAACAAGAUCUACUCGAGGAAGUACGGUCUGCGAAUCCACAUUAGAACGCAUACCGGUUACAAGCCUCUGACCUGCAAGGUGUGCGAGCAUAGAUUCGGAGAUCCUAGUAAUCUCAACAAGCACGUGAGACUGCACGUGACGGAUGACAGUCGCUAUAAAUGCGACAUAUGCGGCAAGGUGCUAGUCAGGAGAAGAGACCUGGAGAGACAUAAAAAUUCCUGGCACUCGGAAAGAAAUGACGACAAUGUUUCCGAUAUCGGAGCCAACGACGGGACUUGA